ACGUUGCGCGCCACCGUUACACAAUUAUCACAAUGAAAGAGUGGCUGAAAAUUUCCUGCCUGCUAUGCAUCUUCGGAUGUGUGCGCGAGAUCCGACCCUCAGAGCCGUAUGUCACCGAAUAUCUAUUGGGUCCCUGGCGUAAUAUCACGGAGACUCAGCUCACACAUGAUGUCUAUCCCGUGGGUACAUAUGCGUACCUGGUGCAAUUGGUCUUUGUAUUCCUCAUAACCGACUUUCUGCGCUACAAGCCGCUCAUCAUCACAAUUGGAGCCACCGGUGUGAUCAUCUGGAGCAUGCUCAUCUGGACAACUAGUUUGUUGUCGCUGCAGAUCUUGGAGUUCUUCUAUGGGACCUACAUGGCAGCAGAGGUGGCCUACUUCACGUACAUCUAUGCCAAGGUGGAUAAAAAGUAUUAUCCUCGCGUUACAUCCCACACGAGAGCUGCCAUGUUUGUUGGAAAAUUGGUUUCCGGCAUUACCUCUCAACUGAUGAUCAAUCUGGAGCUGAUGAACUACAAAGAACUCAACUAUAUAACGCUGGCCAGUGAGUGGCAAGAUAUGCCUUUCCAAAAACAGAGACUUAUUCAACCUGUUCUUUUUUCAGCUCAAAUAAUGGCCAUGUUGUGGGCCUUUGGUCUCCCCAGAGUGGACAAGAGCCUGUACUUUCAUCGCGAAGAGUCGUACGACACUCCAGAAGCCAUAUCGGAUCAGUCCUCCUAUACGCAAACAGAGUUGCCGGGGGAUUCCAGCAUGGAGGUGUCCAGUCAGUCGCAGGCGGACAUUGCGAAGCAGCCCAGGGCCAUGCGUUUGCUGUGGAUUCACUUUCGCAGUGCAUAUACCAAUGGCCGCGUGAUCCAGUGGAGCCUGUGGUAUGCCAUCGGCCUGGCUGGCUACCUUCAGGUCACCUAUUACAUGCAGGUGCUGUGGAAGGUGAUCGAGCCGGAACCGUUGAUAGCCUGGAACGGAGCCGUCGAUGCAGUGCUAACCGCUUUGGCUGCACUGAGUGCCUUGGCCGCCGGUUACCUGCACACGGAUCGUCUGAAUCCGCGCACAAGUCUGCUUAUUCUGGCCUUCUUCUCUGCGUUGGAAGGAGGCUGCGUGCUGAUCUGCUGCUGGACACACAAUAUUUAUUGGUCGUAUGUGGGAUUCGUGUUGUUUGGUGGCCUCUAUGGCUUCACCAUCACAGUUUCCAGCGCUGAGGUGGCCCGGCAUCUGCAGGAGGAUAGCUUUGGUCUAGUUUUUGGCUUUAAUACGCUGAUCGCACUCAUUUUCCAGUCCCUGCUGACCAUGAUAUUUGUCACAGAGACGGGCUUUGAACUCGAUGCUGUGGGACAGUACACGGCCUAUGCUUUCUAUUUCAUUUGCGUGGGCGUUCUCUAUUUGAUAUCAGUCCUCGUGGAGUAUCUCUGGUUUCGCGCAGCAACCAGGGAGAAGCUGGAGAACACUUUGGAAUAGUUAUAGAUGCAUUUAGCAAAGUACUUAAAGUCACCUGUUGGUGUGCACAAAAAUAUAUGUAAUUAGAUUAAGUGAAGCGUGUUCCUAUAUGUUCUCGUUCCCGUUGAAAGUAUUCCCGCGAUUUCAGGGUUCGACAAUAAUGUGAUUGUAUUCCGAGAAAGAUCGAUUGGAAAAAGUUUAAUCAUUGUGUAGAUAUGUUCCAUUUAAAGAAAGCCCCAAUCUGUCUCAAGUGUCACGGAAUAAAGACCUGCUUUUAUAGACCAUCA